AUGUCGUUCCUUCGCAGCAGCAUUGCUUCGACCCUUCGCGCUCCUCUGCGUUCAGCAACGGCCCCACGCGUCGCUGUCCGUGCUAUUUCUACUUCGCCUCUGCGUUUCUCAGAGCAUCAGGCUCCGAUCAUCCAAGGUGAGGGUCCUAAGCCUGGUGAGAUUGCAUCGGAUGAGCAGCAGAGCACAGGUCUUGAGCGCUUUGAACUGAUGGGCCGUCUCCAGGGUGUCGACGUGUUCGACAUGAGCCCACUGGAUGCUUCCCGUCAGGGAACCGUCGCCAACCCAAUCAAGGUCCGGAGUAUGGCUAAGGAGCAAGUGAUUGGCAGCACCGGCUACCCAGCCGACUCGUUCGACACGGUGUGGAUGAAGCUUGAUUUCGAGCACCCACGGGCUCGUUGCCCCCUCAGUGGUAACGUGUACGAACUGGAGUACAUCGGCCCUGAGGACCACGCUCACUAA